GUCUCCGCACUCCUUUCCUCCCACUUCUCUCUUUCUCUCUCCUCCUCCUCAACCCCUCCUCCUUCCCCCAUUCCCCACUGCCUCGCUUCACCAGCUCCGUCGCUAGGGCUCCAUUCCCCUACACCUCCUCCGCCGCCGGAUCCCACCUCGCCUCGCCGCCACCGCCGGUUCGACCCAGGAAUCGCCGGAUUCGGUGGUGUUUCUCGGCUGCCUCGGCUUCCGCCGCCGGGAGGCCCCUGGCGGCGCUCCCCGCCGCCCUCCGGCCUUCGCUGAGUGCUUAGAAGCUGGCCAUCGUUGAGACUUAGAAGGCAGUUGCGUAUAUGGUAUUUGUGGGCCAUUGUGCUGUCGAUGCGAGCGGAGAGCAUGCGUGGCAACUGUUCUUCGGGUGAUGCCCCUGACCAGAGUAGCUGCCGAUGCAUUCGGUGUGUUGACAAUUGCACUGUUUGCGCUGUUCGCUGCUCUGGGCCUCUUCUGCAUUUUCCAGUCAGUCUACUUCAGGCGUCGGAUUCGAAGAGGGUCCUCCUUUCUUCCGCUUGGUUACUUUAACGGCCCAUGGGUGACUCGCAUUGUGCUGAUUCUGAUCACCAUUUGGUGGGGAGUAGGGGAGAUAGUGAGGUUGAGCUUCUUGAAGAAAAAGUUGUUCUCCAGCUUAGUAUGGCAGAGGAAUAUAUGUGACGUGUAUAUACUUUCCAAUCUAGGGUUUGCAGAGCCAGGGAUCUUGUUUGCAUUUGCGCUUCUGCUCCAUGGCUCAUUACAAAAGAGGGAGCUGGGCACUUUGAACCAAAGAUGGAAUUGGAAGACCAUGGCCUACAUGUUGGUGUUCUGCAUUCCAGUUUUCUUUGUGCAGGCAAUCUUAGUGUUUCUUGGGCCAAAGUUUGUUAAAGAUGAGAACAGUGAACAUGGGAGGAGAAAGAUUGCUAAAUACUUCAUACGGACAUCCAUGGCAGUUGGAGAUACAAGCGUUUGCACUUACCCAUUGUUUGGCACCAUUUUUCUGGGACUUGUAGAUGCUAUCCUCAUGAGCUAUGUAUCAUAUGUUGGAUCUCGGGUGCUCUCCUUGGUCAUCAACAAGGCACUGCGAAGGAGGGUUUCCCUGCUGAUGCUUUCAGUCCUUUGCUUCCUUCCUAUCAGGGUGCUUCUCCUUGGGUUUUCAGUCCUACCCAAGCCGGGAGAUGUUGCCUUUGAGGGCAUUAUCUUCCUGUCAUUCUUGAUGAUGCUGUCCUGCACAACUGUUGGAAUACUCUUGCUUGUUUACUACCCUGUAGCUGAUUCGUUGGCCCUCCGAGAUAUAGGCCACAGGGAAAUAGCAGAGAUGGUGCCCUAUGAUGAUUACUACUAUGAAGGUGCGUCACUUGUGACCAACCAGAGUUUCCGAGAAAUUGAGCGGAAUUCUGACACUUCAACAAAGCGGGGCUCCAUAUCCUUCCGCACAAUGAUCAGGGAAGACCAGCUCCAGCAGGAUGGUGCAGAUGAGAUGGGCUUCUCUUCUCGCAGCGGUGUCCAAAUUGGAUCACCCUCAGGAUCUUCACCAAGUGCUGCAAUGCCUAUGCUCCCUCUCAAGGAAGUACCUAGAUACUAAGAAGUAUUCACCUGUGCCUUUUGCCCCUCUACUAUGUUCUCCCUUUUUUUCCUUCCUCUUCUUCUUCUCUUCUUACUACCUUAAUGAUAACAGUUUUGUGGCAAUCAAAAGGUUUUUGUAAAGUUUUCCAAGUAGCUUGACUCAUGAUUAGUCCAGUACUCUAAUUCCAUUUAUCAAAGUAGCAAGUAGCUAGAUUUUGCACUGGCAUUGGCUGGAGAAGGCUGAGUUGGAAUUCACUUUUGGUUGGUUUUGCUGCUCCA